GCGAAGCAGUCUUCUUCUCCUCUCGCAAUCGAAAAUGGUUGCCGUCACUCUCUUGUCAGUGCUACUGUGCGCCACCUUCCAAUUCUCUUUAGCCUUCACCGACGGAUUAUUACCCAAUGGGAACUUCGAACAAGGGCCCACAUCUUCGGAGAUGAAAGGGACUGUGGUGAUGGACACACACGGAAUACCGAACUGGGAGCUAUCGGGAUACGUGGAGUACAUCAAGUCAGGCCAAAAGCAGGGAGACAUGGUAAUGGUAGUACCGGAGGAUGGCCAUGCGGUGAGGCUGGGUAACAACGCGUCCAUUAAGCAGAGAGUGAACGUGACCAGGGGGGUGUAUUACUCCAUCACGUUCACUGCUUCUCGCACGUGCGGUCAGGAGGAGAAGAUCAACAUCUCGGCUUCACCGGAUUGGGGCGUGUUACCAAUUCAGACUAUGUACAGCAGCUAUGGAUGGGAUUCCUAUGGAUGGGCGUUCCUUGCCGACGAUAACGUGGAGGUGGAUAUUCUGAUCCACAACCCAGAAAAAGAGGAUACCUCCUCUUGUGGACCCCUCAUUGAUUCUGUCGCCAUGCGGACCUUGUAUCCUCCUAAGCGCACCAACAAGAACAUGUUGAAGAACGGUGGUUUUGAGGAAGGGCCAUACUUUGUACCAAACACAACCUGGGGAGUCUUGAUCCCACCUAACAUCGAGGACGAGCAUUCUCCACUGCCAGGGUGGAUGGUAGAAUCGCUGAAGGCCGUGAAGUUCAUAGAUGCUGAACACUUCGCGGUUCCACAAGGGAGGCGUGCGGUGGAGCUAGUGGCCGGAAAGGAAAGCGCAUUGACGCAGGUGGUUCGAACCAUCCCAGGUAAGGUCUACGCACUGGAGUUCUCCGUGGGAGACGCGAACAACUUGUGCACAGGGUCCUUGAUGGUGGAGGCCUACGCAGGGAGAGCGAUUCUCAAGGUGGCCUACGAAUCACAAGGAAAAGGUGGGUCGAAGCAUGCGAUUCUGCGGUUCACGGCGGUGUCAACACGGACGAGGGUGAUGUUCCUAAGCAGUUACUAUACCACGAGGAGCGAUGACAUGGCCACACUCUGCGGGCCUGUGGUCGAUGACGUGAAGCUGCUCGGAGUUCGGAAGGUACGACGUAGCUGAGUAUGGUGAGGUGGUGGUGGUGGUAGCAAAAUAGUGGAUCGUAUCGCUUGGGGCGCCGAUGCGCUUCACGUGCGUAACAGUUUUAAAAUGUUGUUUUCCGGUGUGAGAAAAUUUGUAGUAAACAUCUGGAUUGUAUCGCUUGGGGCGCCGACGCGCUUCACGUGCGCAACAGUUUUAAAAUGUUUACUUUUCGGUGUAAUACUGAUAAUGCAAGCGAAGCGAAUCGAGAGAGACAGACAAGGAGAUAUCAUUACGUCAGUUCUCAGUAGAUAUAUAAUACAGUGUGCACCUAAUGAGGAUAUGGGAUGGAAGUGGAGCUAUGUAGUUAGCUGUGGUUUUUUUAUCAAGUGAUCGUAAAUCCUUGGAAAAAUAAAGAAAAAUACAGGAUUUGAAAGUUGAGGA